AUGGAUGACUCCUCUGCAUCUGCUUCUCUGUCCCAGCUUAUUCAGACUGCCAGUCUGGCUGAAGCCAGCGCUUCCGAAGAAGACAAAAUAAAAGCGAUGAUGAUACAGUCUUGCCGUGCAUAUGAUCCAAUCAAUUACAUGAAGAACAGCCUGGGUCUACCUCCGCCAUCAUAUACUUGCUUUCGUUGUGGAAAACCUGGCCACUAUAUAAAGAACUGCCCAACAAACGGGGACAAGACUUUUGAGCCUGUUCCCAGAAUUAGGAGGAGCACGGGCAUUCCAAGGAGUUUCAUGGUGGAGGUGAAAGAUCCCAACACAAAGGGUGCUAUGCUGACCAGCACGGGAAAAUAUGCCAUACCAAUUAUUAAUGCGGAAGCUUAUGCCAGAGGAAAGAAGGAAAAGCCUCCCUUUCUACCGGAAGAGCCGGCCUCCUCCUCCCCCUCCGAUGAGCCUAUUCCAGAUGAGCUCCUGUGUCCCCUUUGUAAAGAUAUAAUGACCGACGCAGCUGUUAUUCCCUGCUGUGGAAACAGUUAUUGUGACGAAUGUAUUAGAACAGCGUUACUGGAUUCUGAGGAUCAUACCUGCCCAACGUGUCAUCAGAGCGAUGUUUCUCCUGAUGCUUUAGCUGCCAACAAGAUCCUACGCCAGGCUGUGAACAACUUCGAAAAUGGAACUGGCUACCCUCGGCAGCAGCAGCCGCAGCAGCCGCCACCGCCACCACCUCCACCACCGCUCCUGACUGUCGGGCCUCCCGCCGCGCUGGUGACGGCCGCUAACCUUUCUAAACCUUCCUCUCAGCCAAUCGGCGGGUUGUUGGAGGAGAAGGUCCAAGUCUCCCUGCAGUGCUUCAUCUUACUGUAG